AUGUCGUCGUCCUUUGCCCCGCCUCCCGGGCCUCCCCCGCCUUCGGUGCCGGAUGGCUGGAAAGCGCAGUACGAUGAUCGAUAUCAGUCUUGGUUUUACGUGAACCUUGCCACCGGAAAGUCCCAGUGGGAAAGCCCAGAGGCAUCCAAUGCACCGCCUGCUGGCCCUCCUCCACUGGGGGAACUCCCGAGCUACGACCAUGUCUCCGGCGACCCAGCCGUCGUAGUUAGCUCAGGGGACAAGAAGAACAUGGCCUCCAAUAACCCAUACAAUCCAGCUAAUGCGUCCAAGGGUACGGCGAGUCCCAGCAUCGACGAAGACGCCCGCCUCGCAGCCAAACUACAAGCCGAAGAAGACGCACGCGCCGGCAACAACAGAGGCGCCGGGACGCCUGGUGCAGCAGCAGACUACUACAGCGACCCAUCGAGACCGCAAUCGUCCGUUCCUGUCUACGCGGCGAGUUCCUCCUCACAAUCUCCCAUGCCCGAGCAGAAGCGCAGCAAGGGUGGCUUCCUUUCCAAGUUGAUGGGCAAGAGCUCUGGGAGUAGCUCGCGGCCAUCGCAGCCCCAGUACGCAUCUUAUCCGCAGCAGCCGCCACCGCCGCCUCCACCAAGAGGAUAUUAUGGCCAGUAUCCGCCGCAUCCGGGUGGUCCUCAGUAUGGAUACGGAUACCCGCCAGGUGGAGGAUACGGAGGCUACCAGGGAUACCCACCGCAGGGCGGCUACUAUGGCCAACAACAACCGCCACGGAAGUCUGGCGGUGGUAUGGGUAUGGCUGGCGCAGCAGCUCUGGGUUUAGGUGGUGGUCUAGUCGGUGGAAUGUUGCUUGAAGAUGCCAUCGAGGACCAUCAUGACUAUGAUGACGGUGGCGGUGGGUUUGAUGAUGGAGGUGGUGACUUUGGUGGCGGCGAUUUUUAG